UUCGCAAAGCUCAUUGAAAAUGAAUUUAAGGCUGCUCGCAUGGUUAACAACAAAGUUUUAUACAAUCGUUUCCACUUAUUUUCCGCAGUUACGGGUGGAAUUCGCCUAACUAUGCAUUUACAUCAGUUGGGUUAGUUCUAACGCCCUCUGCUGUCAUCAAUCAAUCAAUCAGUGAUCAGCCAGUCAGUCAGUCAGCCUAUCAAUCAGUCAAUCAGUCAACCAGUCAGUUUUUAAAUAGAUUAAGCUUUCUUUUCGCUCCAGUGCAUCCACAAGCUGCACCUAACUGUCCCUACUCGAUUAAAUUUAGACUCUUUAAAUCCAAACAAGCACAAAAUUCAUUUCAUUUAUGACUAUUGUUAAUAUUUAUUGCGCCUCACAUUGUUUAUUGUGUUGUUGGGCCUGCCAAACAGUUGAUUAGCAGUCGUUAAAUCUGAAAAAUUGCUGGAACAUUGUGCUCCAUAAAAUAUUCAAAGAAAUGUAAAUAAUUCCAAAACCGAAAGAAGUGUGUGAGUGAAAUAUAUUCUAAAAAUAAAUGCAAAAUUUGCCAUAGGAAGUGCUUUUAUCGGGUGUUCCGCGUGUAACAUAGCCAAAUCCAAGAACAAACCGCAAACAACAACAAAAAAUAAAAUAAAUAUAAAUAUAAAAAAAAAAUGCCAGAAUGGAGCUGAUAAAAAAGUACAAACAGGGAAAGUUAACAACUGGCGAUGUGCGCAACUUGAAUCUUCUAGUAAUAUGUCUCAUGGUGCUCGUGGCGAUUUUCUCCAUUAUGUGGAGCGUUUCCCUGCACGUGCUAUCCGGCGAUUUCUACGAUGGAAUCAUCAGUGCCAAAAUAAUGUUUAAGGAUCGCGACUAUGGCCAAAUGGAUAACCGAAGCAAGAAGAUCUUCCAACAGGAUCUGCAAAAAGUGGCACAGCUUCCGUAUGAAUUAAAUGAAACGCCGCAAUCGCUGAAGAGCGACAGCCCAGAAACUAAAAAGCCAAAAUACAAAUUCGAACAUAUCUACGAGCCAAAGGAUAAUGCGCGCCUUCUGGCCCGGCUGGUCAGCGAAAGGGAGCAGGAAAAUGCGCUGCAGGCAACAACAACCACAACAAGUGCACCGCCAGAGAUGGUGCCCAAUGCGGAAGCGGAUCGCAAAUUUCUGGCUAGCCAGUCCAUAGAUACACAUGCCACACGCUGGAGUCGCGGCAUUGGCGCCCAGUUUGUUUACACAUUUCCACUGAUAUCCGAGGCUGUGGCCAUUAUCUGGACGGCCAUGUGUCUCAUCUAUCAAACAGGCAACAAGAAAACAUCGGUACUGCCUAAGCCUUGGCGCAUUGUGGUGCCCUCCAUAUUGAUCUUCACGCUGAUGAGCCUGGGCAGCGCGGCAUACACGAUACUGACCAAUGGCUAUCUGAGACGUCUGUGUGGGCAUUUGCGGCAGGGUCUCACCAAUCCCCGGGCUAUCAGCUGUGGCGAUGCGAUUGCCCUGCUGCGGCCGCUCAUCCACGAGCACAGCGUCUCGCACGAUGUGUAUCUGGAUCUCUUCCGUUGCAGCUAUAUCAUCAGCAUGAUCCUGUGGCUCCUGGCCCUGCUGGUCAUGGUGCUGCGUUACAUAUAUGCCUUUGAUUUCCAGCUGGUUGAUAUCGAUGAUAUGUUCGAUCAUCGCCCAGCUGGCUCUCAGCCCAUACAGCCCAUUUAUAACAAGGUGCUGCAGACCAGUCCACAGCAUCAGCAGCAGCAGUUGAGACCCAGAUCAGAGGAUGAUUAUCAGAGCGCCAAGUCACGGCUAAGCGAUGUGGCCAUGCCGCUGCUCGAGCUGAAAGCCCAGGAACAACAGCAACAACAACGGCAACAAACGCACUUAACAACUGUCGCCUAAGGCUUGACUUUGUCACAAGCU